ACUGUUUUCACCCAUAAAUAAGAAUUGUACCAUGAAUAGCAGCAUAGCCAAGGUGAGCGAGGUUGAACUAAGCUUGCCUUGUUGCCGGGAGUCUCCGAUGGAUAUCAUUAUUUAUGAAGGCUAGCAUUGCUGUCUAAUUUGCCCUCGACUUAAGAGUAUACACUAAGAUCGUCAUCGUCGGUUCCUUCGCCCACUCUCCAAUACUCUCUACUUCACCGAUAGCAACUUCAUCUCAUUGUUCCAGGUGAUAGAUAGCUCCCCAUUCGCCACGAUGAGUUGGACGCGAGUCUUCAUGCUCGGUGCUGUCCUUGCGCUCCCCGGAGCUCAUGGCAUGCCACGGAAAAAUGCGGUGUGCAAGAACAUCCCCGGCGACCCCGGCUGGCCAUCUUCAAGCGAAUGGGCCUCUCUCAACCAAACGGUAAACGGCGCGUUGAUCGCUACCACGCAGUUGGCGACGCUUUGCCACGGCAGAGACUAUGAUGAAGAGCAAUGCGAAAGUCUCAAGGAGGCCUGGCCUUUUGCCGAUGUUCAUGUUCAGGAAUCGGCCGAGUUUCUUAUGCCAUUUUACCAGAACCAGUCUUGCGACCCUUUCACGGCCAUAGACAAGCCGUGUGAGCUCGGAAACUAUGCCCAAUAUUCCAUCGCUGUUUCGUCCGUCGAAGACGUGCAAGCAGGCAUAAAAUUCGCCAGAGAAAACAACAUCCGGUUGACUAUUAAGAACACAGGACAUGAUCUCCUUGGCAAGUCCACUGGUAAAGGUUCCUUGUCUCUAUGGACGCAUCACUUGAAUAGCAUCGAGUUCAUGGACAAGUAUAGUGGGAGCUCAUGUUAUAAGGGCCCAGCUGUCCGGCUCGGAGCUGGAGUUCUUACCUCCAAUGCCGUCAAAGAAGCCAGCGAUAAGGGCUACCGAGUCGUUACCGGCACUUGUCCCGAUGUAGGUGUUGCAGGUGGCUACACGCCCGGUGGCGGCCAUGGCGUUUUCACGUCUCUGUACGGUAUGGCGGCCGACAACGUCCUGGAAUGGGAAGUGGUCACUGCCGAAGGGAAGCAUGUCGUGGCCACACCGACCAAGAACGCUGACCUCUACUGGGCUCUGAGUGGCGGCGGCGCGGGCACGUUCGCGGUCGUCGUGUCGAUGACCACUCGUCUUCAUCCCGAUGGCGCCAUGGUGGGCGCCAGCUUGGGUUUCGACGCAGAGCUGGCCGGCAGUACCGAGAAGUUCUGGGAGGCGUUAGCCACAUUCCAGUCAGCCCUAGGCCCGGUAGUGGAUGCUGGCGCCGUCGCUUCAUACGCCAUAACGCCCUAUGCCGUCAGCGCUUACGGUAUCGCGAUACCGAAUACAAAUGCAUCUGAAGUUGAGAGGAUAUUCGCGCCGGUCACGAGCGCCAUGGCUGAAAUCGGCAUCGAGCUCAAUAUCACCACCACAAUGCACUCUCACUACAUCGACUUCUUCAACAUGUACUUCGCGCAGGCUGUCUCAACCACGCCCGCGGCGCAAAUCACCGGCGGCCGACUUCUGCCGCGCUCGAUACUGGAGACGCCCUCUGGAUCGAAGGACAUUGCCCAGGCCUUCCAGAAAGCCGUGGACGGCGGAUUUGCGAUCGUAUGCGACGCCGUCAAUGCCGACCAGCCGCGACCUCAUUCCAACGCGGUGUUCCCGAGCUGGCGAUCCGCGCUCCUUCACUGCAUCAUCGUCAAGACGUGGGACUUCAGCAUGCCCUGGGAUGAUAUGACGGCCUUCCAGAAGAAUCUGACCGAGGUGGUCAUGCCCGAGGUUGAAAAGGUCACGCCGGGCGGUGGCGCGUACCUCAACGAGGCAAACUUCCAACAGCCCAACUGGAUGCAAGAAUUCUACGGGAAGAACUACCCUCGCUUGAGAGAUAUCAAGCGCAAGGUUGACCCGGCGGGUAUAUUCUACUCGCAGACAGCAGUUGGGAGCGAGUCGUGGGAUGAGGACCCAAGUGGCAGGCUUUGUCACGUAUGAGCAUUUGUUUGUUUGAUUAGGAUUUCAUGUUUUAGCACUUCACUUCAUUUCAGUUCAUAGUUUAGUUCAGUAGAUACCCAAUUCAACACGUUUAUUUCUUGCUUUUUUACCCAACUCCCAGUUUCCAGUUUUUCCUGCAGUGCUUCGGUGA